AUGUCCUUUUCCAACCCAUACCAUAAUCACCAACACACAAACGCCACCACUAAUGAUGCUAAAACCUUAUCGUCCUUGGUACUUUCAAAUAACGAGAUAGGCACUAGCAACAAUAUUGAUAAAGACCUUUAUCAAGACCAUCGUCUGCAAGACAAACAAGAAGAGACAGAAGAAGCUGAAACUGAAACUGAAGCUGGAAAAGAUCAGGAUACCUUUUUAUCGCGAAUAUUCGGUCUCAACUCAAUCUACAACCAACUCCAGGACAAUUACCAAUACUAUGAUCCGGAAUUUGAUAGCUCGUAUCAGCAAAAAAUGCGUCGCGAAAUGACUAUUGGUGGUAGUGGAGUUAAUGAUGAUGAUGAUGAUGAUGACGAUGAUGAACAAGAAGAACGAGAAGAGCAAGAAGAGCAAGACCAUCUACGGUAUAAGGGAGAUGACUUUUACUUGGACCCAGAUGAACAAUUAUACUCAAACAAUUCAAUUGCAAUGAGCAACAUAAAUCCUACUACUCACCAAUCAGGUCGUCAUCAACAAAAGAAAACCAAUAACCACAUUCACAACCAGAACCACAGCAUCAACAACUCUAAUAGCUUACUAGACUCUGAGUCUGACUCUGACUUGUCAUCCAGCUCAGACUCAUAUGUUCGACCGGCACCCAAUAAAGCUAGAUACAGUAAUAACAAAAGUCCCCGCCCACAAGCGAAACCUUCAUCAACUCAACCACCACCACCACCACCACCAAAAGAACAACAACGACCGAAUAUCAAGUUUCAAACCCUACCUCCAAAUCUAAAAUUAGAUCAACCCUUGGCUUCUCAACCUCAAUCCCAAGCAACUGCAAUAGCACCACCUCGUGCAAACCCAAUACAAAAACCCAACGGCUCAGUCUUACCACUCUACAAUCAACCCGAAAAAUAUUAUAGAAAACCACAACAACAACAACAACAACAACAAAAACCAUUUUUUUCAAAUACAAACUACAAAGCAUCUACAACACCAAGAGCAACAAGAUUUGUCAUUCCACCAAAAGAAAGAGCACUAUACUUGUGGGCAAACAUCACCAACAUGGACGAAUUUCUCAGCGACGUUUACUACUAUUAUCGCGGCAAAGGAUUGCUCAAUAUCGUCCUCACCAGAAUUAUCGAUUUGGUCAUACUCGUAUUCAUUAUUGCAUUUACAAUCUUUCUCAAAUGGGGUAUAGACUAUAAUCAAUUUAUGCAGAUCAACCACCACGAUGAUGAACCUCACUUGACUCUUUCUGACUUGAUUAUCCCUCAUUUUUACACAACUAAAGUACCCUUUUUUGUCAAAUUUCUAGUAUUUGGCUUUAGCAUAUACGUCAUCCUUCGCUCCAUACAAUUAUACUUUGACUGUGUGUAUAAAUUACGCGAAGUCAAGAAUUUCUAUAAGCAUCUACUCAAUGUGGGUGAUACAGAAUUGAUGACCAUUAGCUGGAAAACCAUUGUUGAGAAACUCAUGUUGCUCAAGGACUACAACAGCCUCACAUCAACAACCCGUCCAGUGGAAAACCACUAUAUUAAUGACUUGUCCUCCAAGAUUAGACUAAAUGCACACGAUAUCGCUAAUAGAAUUAUGCGGAGAGAAAACUAUAUGAUUGCAUUGAUCAACAAAAAUAUCUUGGAUCUCUCAGUGCUUAUUUUAAAUGAAAAAUCCGUUUUAACAAGAACCUUGGAGUGGAAUUUGAAACUAUGUAUUGAAAACUUCGUUUUCAAUAAACAAGGACAAAUAAAUGGCAGUAUCCUCAAGGAAUAUAAUCGAAACCAAUUGGCACGCGAAUUAGCACUGCGGUUCAAAUUGGCAGCAAUGAUAAAUGUAAUUUUGUGUCCAUUUAUUGUCAUCUACUUUGUUCUCCGCUCAUUCUUCAAGUAUUUCAACGAGUACAAAUCCAACCCAAGCUCCCUAAUAGGGUUAAGACAGUACACUCCUUAUGCACAAUGGAAAUUACGUGAAUUUAAUGAAUUGCCACAUUUCUUUACAAAACGACUCCAAAUGUCACAGGCACCAGCAAACACGUAUAUCGAUCAAUUUCCCAAGGGGUUUUACGUAAUAAAUGGAAUGAAACUAGCUAAUUUCAUUUCCGGGUCUGUCUUGGCAGUCUUGGUCAUUUUGGGAAUCUUUUUGGAAAAUGAACUGCAUUCGUUCUGGUCAUUUGAAAUUACCGAGGGGAGAUCAGCCUUAUUCUACAUUAGUAUAUUUGGAACUAUCUGGGCUGUGACAUCGGCAGGCAGCUCGCUGGACCAAUCAUCAUCAUCAUCAUCACUGCUGCUGCUGCAAAAUAAGCAAAGUACUUAUGUGUAUGACCCCGAAGCAAAUAUUCGGUACGUGUCUCAAUUUACUCACUAUUUACCAAGUUCAUGGAACAAAAAGCUUCACACUAUACAAGUGAAGAAUGAAUUUUGCGAAUUAUACUCGCUCAAAAUCUUUAUUAUCAUCAAUGAACUUUUGAGCUUAAUACUUACUCCAUUCAUCUUAUGGUUUAAUGUAUCGCACAAUUCUGGUGCCAUUGUGGAUUUCUUUCGCGAAUACAGCAUUCAUGUUGAUGGACUAGGCUACGUUUGCUACUUUGCCAUGUUUAAUUUUGAAGAAAAAAACAAAAACAUGAUGUAUGCAGAGAAAAACCAGCAAAGGACAAGAUCAAGAUCGAAACAUACCAGAGGAAAGUCCAAAAUCUCAAAAAGCGACCUGGAAGAAGACAAAGCUUCAGACGAUGAUCAUUUUAAUAAUAUGAAUAUUGAUAUCAAACCAGCAAAGAAACGAUUCCAAAGUAUUUCGGAAUCGGAUGAAGAUUCUUCAAAUGACUAUGACGCCUUGCUGUAUUUCCAAAAUGACGACAAGAUGAUCAAGUCAUACAUGUACUUUCUUGAGUCCUAUGGUGGAACCAAACAUGCUCAACCUAAUCAACAUCAAACUGGCAAACAACAUAACUUGAUUAAACCUCGAAGUGCUAGUAAUACUAGAAGUAUAGGACACACACAAUUAUCAAAAGUCAAUCAACGUGAGGACAACGAGAGUUUGGGUGAGUCCAUUUAUAAAGUAAGCCAUUUUGGUGCUGAUGCUGAUGCCGAAGAAGAUGAUGUUGAUGACGAUGAUGUUUUUGUUGCUGGUGAUUAUAAAAAUGGUGGUGUUCGUCGUGAUGUUGAUGACGAUGAUAAUUAUUAUGUUGAAGAUAAUGGAGAUUCUUUGAGCAAAACAGCGAGAGAUAAAUCAAAACGCAAAGGUGGUGUUAUCGGAAUGUUGAACCAAUUUUACAAACAAGAUAUAGGACAAAAUGCUCGUGUGUAG